AUGGCUGCGUCAUCGACAACUGAAGUCCUUAGCGACACUAUCAUCGUUGCCAGUCGUGAGAAGUUAGCCGACACGGACCAUGGUAUAGAGCCACCAGAUGCUACGUUCUCAAACCCCCGCAAGAGAAAGCGGCCAGAAGCUACUUCGAAGUGCCCAAAUAUCAAAAAGGCAAAAGAGAUAUCAAUGGAGACACCGCACGAAGAAGAUAGCGCAUCAGCGACCCGUUCACCUACGCCGCUCGUCAUUGACAAGAACAACUGGCAAGGCUUCUGCGAAAUCGAAUCCGAACCGGCCUACUUCUCCGUCAUACUCCGCGAAAUGGGCGUCGAGAACGUCACAGUCCGCGAAGUCCUGACCAUGGAUCCGAACUACCUCGAGGCAUCGCUCCCCCAACCAAUCCACGGCCUCAUCCUCCUCUUCCACUACCGCGAAUUCGGCAACGCGGACCAAUCACCAGAAUGUCCUUCCAACGUAUGGUUUGCAAAUCAGCUCCCCGCUCAAAACAGCUGUGCCACGCUCGCAAUGAUUAACAUCCUCAUGAACAGCGCCGAGGUGCAAAUCGGCGAGCACCUCUCCCAAUUCAAGGAUUUCACUCGCGACUUGACCCCUUACCAGCGAGGCGAAGCCUUAGCCAGUUUCGACUUUGUCAAACGCAUCCACAACUCGUUUGCGAAGAAAAUGGACAUUCUCGUCAGCGACAAACUCCUCUCCUACAAGGUCUCCCGCGAAACCCGUCUCAGAGCCCAAGAAGAGCAAGACAAACAAGACAAAGAAGCAGCAACUAUAUCGAACAAGUCCAACAAGCGCCGCGGCACCACCAGCACCAGCACCAAAUCCAAAUCCAAAUCCCGUCGCCGUGCCUCCACAGUCUCAGUAACCACAGAAAACAGCGCAGAAGCCCACGAAGAAACAAGCCACCACUUCAUCGCCUUCGUGCCCACCGGUACCGAAGUCUGGAAACUCGACGGCCUCGACCACCAGCCCACCAGCAUGGGCCAAUUCGACCCUGCAAAAGGCGAAACCUGGCUCUCGGCCGUCUCGGACACGAUUGCUUCGCUCAUGGCCGCAGGAGACGACGACUACGGUGUCGUAGCCCUCACGCAGUCCCCUUUGCGCGCACUCCGCGAAAGAGCCAGCGUGGUGUAUAAUACCAUGGUGAAUAUCGAUGACUUCCUAUCUGGGAACAACGGUGGAAACACAUCCCAAAACACCAACACCAACACCAACAACGAGACAGCUAACAUAUGGCAAACCCCCUACCUGACCCCCCACCUUAGACCCUGCCCCUCCCUCCUCGGCCUAACCCCGCUCCUCCCCUUACACCCCGCUCCUCCCCUACCCAGCCCCGACAUCGCCCACGCAACCCAGCUCUUCCACACCCUCGCCGCAGAAAUGAGCACUCUGGCCGCCAACAUCAUCGCCGAGACGCAAGCCGAGGGCGAAGAGGAGACAAAGGCGGCGCAGAGGCGAUUCGACGCCGCGCCCGUGGUGAAGCGUUGGCUGGAGAUGUUAGCGGAGAAUGGGCAUUUGGAGCGGAAUCUGCAUCGGUUUAUGGCUGGGGCGGGGAGGGGGAAGUAG